CUCGGUGGGCGGAGAACGAGGUUCGCUUUGUUUGGCGUUUGAGGUAAAUUUGGGAAAUUGGGAUGGAGGAGAUGUUUAUAUGAUAACCCGGUGGAGACGAGAUACCCCACACCAACGUACAGUCGAAAAAAAAUGGAAAUGUACAGAGCUGAUAUUUUACCGCUAUUAGCGAGCAACAACAAUGACAUCAAGGACACGGUCCUCCUCCCGCCGGCUCCAAAGCCAAGACGACGACUGAACAAGAAGGUUAUCCUCAGUUGUGGCAUCUCACUCCUACUCCUCAUGACGACUUGUGCAACAAUUAUUUUCAUCCGGCGCCGUUCAAAACCUCUCCCUCCUAUUUACUCGAUUACUUUGGACGGUGAGGAUGUGCCUCCACUGAACCAAACGACAACCCUUGCCUUCACGGUCACCGAUUCCAAUACCAAUCAACGUGUCUCAUACGAAGAAUUUGCGGUUCCCGGGGAAAAAAGUCUACAUGUAGCAUUGGUGUCCCCGGGUGCGCAAGUAUUCGGUCAUAUCCAUCCAGAGGAUUUUGGCGGUAAUGACCUCAAGGUUGAUUUUCGAUUUCCUGUAUCUGGAAAUUGGGCGGUGGGAGUUGGCCAUUCUAGUGGAAAGCAUCUAUUUCAUGCUACCGUUCCGGGUGAACCCGUCUCUACACCAGUGCUGGGCAACUCUACAUGGGAGACGAUCGGUCAAGGACUAAAGGUCUCGCCAGGGGACGUUUACACUUCUCCGAUUUACUUUAAUGACGAUGCCAUCGCUGUUCACGGAAAGUACAUUAUGCGUCUUGAGAUGCUAAACAACGGGACCAAUGUACGCCCUGGUGCCUGCACACCGUUCACAAUACGAGUGUACGACAAGGCGGGGAAUGUCAUCGACGAUCUUCGCCCUUUUCUUAAUUCGCCUGCCCAUGUCAUCAUCACCCGAUCCGACCAAGCGAGUCUAUACCAUGUACAUGGGUUGCCGGCUACAUUAGCAGCACGGUGUACGGGCGGCCGCAAUGCGGCGCACCUUCAUAGCGCGAUGGCCAUGAGUUCUGUGCUAAAUGGGGCAGUGGGCUUUGAUGCAUCGUUGGAAGUGGGUCACUGGACAGUCGUGGCACAACUCGCGAGAGGGGAUGAAAUGAUUGUUGGCAGGUUUAUUUUAGUCGUUAGUUGAGAUUAUCUAGCAUCUGUAACACAAAAGCCAUGUAGCAACUGGUUUGUACAUAGCGCAUUAGUACCCUCCCUUAUCCAGGGGAUAACAUAAUAGGUAGUAAUAUAAAUGCACAUUCAUUGAC